AUGGAGCUGGUGGACCCCUCACAGCGGGUCUACUUCUUCUACAAGAAAGACCCCAUCAGUGCCCUGGCAGAGAUCCUGAUGGUGCGGAAGCAGAGGCCGGCCGAGUACAGGGUGGUUGGCUUCCAACACCGUGGCUACCGUGCGUCAGAGUUCUGUAUGGAGGUCAGCGUGGACCAGAGGACAUGUCAAGGCCUGGGUCCAAACAAGAAGACGGCCAAGCUGGAGGCAGCAGAGGCGAUGCUGCACAUGAUGGGGUUCAAAGAGCAGAUGGAGCUGGACAACCCUAAGCUGUCUCCCUCCGAGGAGCUCCUCUUCCAGCAGAGAGUCUUCAAACUGCGAGAGACAGAGAAGCUCGAGGCCCGGCAGAAGUUUAAAGAUACUGUCACACCAGCCCAGAAGGACACACCUGCAUCCCACAGAGAGAGAGACUCCGAGGAGCCAAUCAGAGCGGUGCCUGUCCCCGAGGAGCCAAUCACAGAGGUGCCUGUCCCCGAGGAGCCAAUCACAGAGGUGCCUGUCCCCGAGGAGCCAAUCACAGAGGUGCCUGUCCCCGAGGAGCCAAUCACAGAGGUGUCUGUCCCCGAGGAGCCAAUCACAGAGGGGCCUCUCCCAGAGGAGCCAAUCACAGAAGUGCCUUUCCCUGAGGAGCCAAUCACAGAGGUGCCUGUCCCCGAGGAGCCAAUCACAGAGGUGCCUGUCCCCGAGGAGCAAAUCACAGAGGUGCCUGUCCCCGAGGAGCCAAUCACAGAGGUGCCUGUCCCAGAGGAGCCAAUCACAGAAGUGCAUUUCCCUGAGGAGACAAUCCCUGAGGACCUGGUUCAGACCCUCUGCGCUGUGGCCCAGACUUCUCCGGAGCAGGACAGUCCAGUGGAUCUUCCUUCGUCCCUGGACCUCAUCUCCUCUCUUGACCUUGAGAAUCUGGUGCAGGACCAUAACACACCUGAGGUUAUCCAAGAACCUCCUGCUCCAGAAACCCCAAACCUCCAGGACUUUAACAGUCCUUCAGAAACUGUCAGUCCACCAGAGAAAACCGUCCCACCAGAGACAGAGGACGUCAGCUCCGAUGCCGCUCACUUCAUGGUUUCAGCGAUGAUCCAAAAGCUCUUGGACAAAUCCCCCGUGUUCCUGGAUAUUAGGGAACAAGGAAAAGUCAUUUUGCGACUGCGUGAGGUGGAGCGAAGAGUCUCCAAACCCCAAGGAACAGACCUGAAGACCAAGGACCUCAAAACUAAAGCUAAAGAGGCGGCUAGAAGUCUCCGGGAAGAGCUGGGACCUCUCUCCUCCGCCCUGCUCCAGAGCGACUGGUUUGUGGAGGCAGCGGUGAGAAAUCUGAACAUCCAGCUCCAAGACUUCAACGAGGACCGAGGCCGACGACCAGGACGCUUCUUCUCCCGAGUUCUUAAAAUGUUCAGGACCAGGAGGAGCAGAGUGUCGCCUGGUCCUCUGAGAGCAUACCUCAGAUCAGCGUGUUAA